AUGGGCAGCUACAAGUACAAGUACUGCAUGUGCUUCACGCGCAAGUUCCGAUCCCCCGACGCCCAGCCGCCACCCGACGUCCGCGCCGCCUACCUCUCCUUCAACUCCGACGUCCACGCCCUCCGCCGCUUCCUCUCCCAGGCGCAGGCCGAGCACCCCGCCGACGUCGACCGCAUCCACGCCCUGCUCACCGCCGCCUCGGGGGGACAUGGCAUCGCCCGCCUCGUCACCAGGUCGCCGGCGCCGGCGAUGCCCACGCUCGACGACUUCUUCGCCUUCCUCUUCUCGCCGGAACUCAACCCGCCCAUGGCUCACCAGGUUCACCAGGACAUGUCUGCCCCAAUCUCUCAUUAUUUCGUAUUCACCGGACAUAAUUCCUACCUAACUGGGAACCAGCUCAAUAGUGACUCCAGCGACAUCCCAAUUAUAAAAGCAUUGCAGAGAGGUGUUAGAGUCAUUGAACUUGAUAUGUGGCCAAAUUCUUCAAAGACAAAUGUCGAUAUUCUUCAUGGCGGGACAUUGACUGCGCCGGUAGAAAUGAUCAGGUGCUUGAAGUCCAUUAAAGAAUAUGCCUUUUGUGCAUCAACAUAUCCGCUUGUUAUCACUCUUGAGGAUCACCUUACACCAGAUCUCCAAGCCAAAGUAGCUAAGAUGCUCACUGAAACAUUCGGAGAUCUACUUUUCAUACCUAGUUCAGACCCAAUGAAAGAGUUCCCCUCUCCAGCAGCUCUGAUGAGGAGAAUAAUCAUCUCGACUAAACCCCCACAAGAGUACAAGGAGUUCGUCAAAGUUAAGGAUAACCAAAAUGGCAGUGGAAACAUAGCUGAUUUGCCAGACACAGGAAGCCUAAGAAGAAUAGAUUCAAAUGCUGAUAACCAAAAUGGCAGUGGAAAUCUAGCUGUAGACACAGGAAGCCUAAGAAGAAUAGAUUCAAAUGCCGAUGAAUCUGAUGGAAAGGAUGAACUGGAUGAGCAAGAUGAGGAAGAUUCCGACGAGGAUGAUCCCAAAUUUCAGCAGGACACUGCCUGUGAGUAUAGGAAUCUGAUCACCAUCCAAGCUGGCAAACCAAAAGGCCAUUUGCGGGAUGCGCUAAAGGUGGAUCCAGAAAAAGUCAGGCGGCUUUCUUUGAGUGAGACACAGUUAGCUAAAGCAACAACUUCUCAUGGGGCUGAAGUCAUAAGGUUCACCCAGAAUAAUAUACUCCGUGUGUAUCCAAAGGGCAUGAGAGUUAAUUCUUCAAACUAUGAUCCAAUGAAUGCCUGGACUCAUGGUGCUCAGAUGGUUGCAUUCAACAUGCAGGGGCAUGAUAAAGCGCUCCGGUUGAUGCAAGGAUUUUUCAGAGCCAAUGGGGGCUGUGGGUAUGUUAAAAAACCUGACUUCUUGCUAAGGACAGGUCCAAAUGGGGAAGUAUUCGACCCCAACGGUAGUUUGCCAGUGAAGAAAACUCUCAAGGUAAAGGUAUAUAUGGGAGAUGGAUGGCGCAUGGAUUUCAGCAAGACUCAUUUCGAUGCCUUUUCACCUCCAGAUUUCUAUACCAGGGUAGGGAUCGCUGGAGUGAUGGCGGACACUGUGAUGAAGAAGACAAGGGUGAUCGAAGACCAGUGGGUGCCAGUGUGGGACGAGGAGUUCACAUUCCCUCUGAGGGUGCCGGAGCUGGCCCUCCUGAGGAUAGAGGUGCAUGAGUACGACAUGUCGGAGAAGCACGACUUUGGGGGGCAGAUGUGCCUGCCGGUUUGGGAGCUGAAGCAGGGCAUCCGUGCUGUGCCCCUGCACGACCGCAAGGGCAACAGGUACAAGUCUGUCAGGCUCCUCAUGCGCUUCGAUUUUGUCUAG